AUGGAUGUCCCAGAUGACAUGACGCGAAUAACGAAUGGUUCUCCGCCUAACCCAAAUAAUUGGGGAAAGGGAUACGAAAGAAAUGAUAACAAUGAUUUAACUCCCAGUUCAAGAAAAUCACUCAGAUUUGAAGAACGAUUCGUUAAAACACAUCAUGGAGAAGAGAAAAUCAUGCAAAGGUGGUGUCCAAAUUUGCCCACAACUUCUGAUCUAAAGCAAUAUAUUGCUGUUAUCAUAUGUUGUUUAUGUAUCUGGGCGACAUCUUGGUUCGUCCUUGGCAACCUGGUUGUGCCAGGAGGAUGUGUCUUCAACAUCUCAGCUCUGGUGACACUUGGUUACGUGGUCAGUCAUACAGUGGAAAGGUACACCACACUAAAUCCAGUUAUAACACAGACCCUUGUGGGUGUACUGUGUAAAAUGUUUAUACCAAUAAAUAUAUUGGAAGAUAAGAAAGCGGAUCUCAUUGAUUAUCAUUUAAGGCGAGUUUAUCCAGUUAUUAUUUUAACAAAGGGCCCUCUAACCUGGAACUGGAAUUACAUAAGGCACAAUCCCGUGAAAGUUUUUUCAUUGGCCACACUUCCUUGGAUCGUCGAGUGUUUAUCUACGGCCUUCUUUAGUUUUAUUUAUCUUGACUUUCCCUGGUACUGGGGUAUACAUCUAGGCGCCAUUCUAUCGUCUGUAUCACCUGCAAUUGUGGUACCAAUCGUCAUCGCGUUAAAUACUAAGGGUCUAGGGACUAAAAGUAAACUGGCACUUUUAGUUGGCAAUGCUGGGGGCCUUGAUACAGCCUUCACUGAAGGAAUGUUUGGAGUUAUCAAUAGCGCUAUAUUUUAUGAAUCUACUCCUGUUUUACGUAUAAUUAAGGCAUUUACGGCUAUAUUCUUCGGUGUAGCCCUUGGUGUAGCAUGGGGAGUAUUAGCUGACAUCUUCCCAGAUCAUGAUGAUACUCAUGCGCCGGCGAUUCGAAGCUUGCACCUUUUUGCAGGAGGGAUCUUAUUCACUUACGCUGGCGGAUACUUUGGCUGGGGUGGUAUAUCUGGAGUGGCGAUAAUGGUGAGCGCCGGCGCUGCAGCUACUCGCUGGGCACAGCGUGGUUGGGCCCUCAACAAUAACCCUGUAUCUGAAAUAUACACCACCCUCUGGGUAAUAUUCGAGUCAAUGCUGUUUACCUUGAGCGGGUAUUUUAUUGAGGUCUCUGACGUCAGCGCAGCAGAAUUCGGACUCAUGGUAGCCUGUAUUUUCUCAGCCUUAGUUUUUCGGUUACUAACUGCAUUCCUAGUAGCUCUUGCUAAUUCUUUGCCCGUAAAAGAGAGUAUUUUUGUAGCAAUUACUUGGAUACCAAAGGCUAUAGUUGAAGCCUGUCUUGUCCGCGUAGCAUCAGACUCAUUAUGGAAGAACGAUACAACGGAUAAAGAUAGAAAAAUUGCAAUACAACACUCAAAUAUGAUCAUUAUAGCUAUAAUAAUAACGUCGACAAUCGGAUCCAUCUUAACGCGUAUAAUGGCUCCAAUUUUGCUCUCAUCGUAUCCACGUGUUGGUCCUGAAGCGAUAAGCACCAAACCAAAUAUUCCGUCCAAGGAAAAGCGGCCAUCGCCGUGUCUGGAUGCCUUUCAAUACAUCGAUACGUAA